GAGCAGCGUGAGAAAGAACUAGACGAGCUCAAUUCUGAAAUGACUCAAGACACAUCAAAAUACGGUUAUUUGCGGGACUCCAUAUAACUUGUACUAUUACCCAUCUGUUAACAUGAGUUUGUCUGUUUUUUUUUUUCGGGUGUAGUGGCUGUAGAAUUUUAACCAGACCAAUUUUAACCACUAGCACAUGAUUCGGUACCACACAGCCUUGCGUCAGCUAGGAUAGCCACGCUAAUUAGUAAAGAGACAGGUUAUUUUUUGUGUGAGUGAGAGCGCUGGCGUGCACUACAAUAGUUAUUUGGCCAUAUGAGCAUAGCUAACAACUGCUUCGUUUCAUACCAUCAAGUCGCUAAAUCCUGCAUAUUUCAUAACAGAAAUCUGAAUUCGUUGUGUGUAGCCUCGAGUCUUGAUUUCUUUUUUGGUUAUAUAUUUUGUGGUACUAAAACAAAGUCAGUGGUACAGACGUUUUAGAUUAUAGAUUUAUUCCGCAUAUCAACCAAUUGCAUUGAUUUAAUGUCAUACGAGGCUCCAUUAGAUAAUGGACCUGCAUUUUUAUUCCGAUCUAACGGAUGGGACUGGGCCACACGGAGAUCCAGAAUUCCUGGACCCUGGGUCUUUCAAUGGAUAUGACGAUAAGUUCCCGGAAGGCAGUGAUAACUACCUGACCAUCAGCGGGGAGGGCCAUCCGUUCCUCUCAUCCUCUGAGACGUUCCACACCCCUAGUCUGGGAGAUGAGGAGUUCGAGAUCCCCCCCAUCUCCCUGGAUCCAGACCAGGCGCUCAUCGCGUCCGAUGUGGUGGCCCACUUCGGAGAGCUGUCGGAUGGAGAGCGAGGUGGCUUGUCCACCCCCGGGAACGUUGUGGUCGGGGGAGACGACCCGUCCUUUGCCUCCACCUUUGUGAAUCCCCACCAGGGGUCUCAGGGACUGGACCACCACCUGAGUCUGGGGGUCAUCAGUCAGCCCGGUGGAGGAGGAGCUAUUCUGGUGUCUGCUCUGGGCAUGGAUCUGGGCCACCCCGUUGGCUCCCAGUUCAGCAGCUCCUCCCCCAUGACCAUAGACGCCCCGCUGAGUGACAUGGACCACGGCCUGUUGGGCCACAACCAGCUGACCACCAUCGACCAAUCGGAGCUCAGCGCCCAGCUGGGGCUCAGCCUAGGGGGCGGGGCCAUCCUGGCGAGGUCGCAGUCACCUGACCAACCACUGUCGGCCGCUGCUUCGCCGGCCGGCUCGCUACAGGACGACGACAUGGACGACUUCAGACAGAGUGUGUUGGUGGAGUCCCCUAUCUCUCUCGGCGUCAUCUCCCUCGAACCCCCAGUCUCCGACUCCCCUAUUCCUUCCUUCGCUCCGUCCUCCAGCAGCCUUCCUACUCUCGUCCGGAGAGGGGCAGCGGCCGGAGGAGGGAAGAAAGGGAAGAAAAGGAAAGAAUCUAACGAGCCCCAGAAGCCUGUGUCGGCCUACGCUCUGUUCUUCAGGGACACACAGGCAGCCAUUAAGGGCCAGAACCCUAGCGCCACCUUCGGAGAGGUGUCCAAGAUAGUGGCCUCCAUGUGGGAUAGCCUGGGGGAGGAGCAGAAGCAGGUGUACAAGAGGAAGACGGAAGCAGCUAAGAAGGAGUAUCUCAAGGCUCUGGCAGCCUACAGAGAUAAUCAGCUUUCUCAGCCAACCAUUGAGGUUCUGGACACUUCCCCGUCGCCUCCCUCUCCUCCUCCCGUCGCCCCACUCCCUGCUCCCCGUUCCACCCGUUCCUCCGUCCCCCACCUCGCCCCUGAAGAGAACACCAUCACCAACAUCUGCACCUCCAACAUCAUCCUAGCAGGUGGAGACCACCCUCAGGUCACCACCCGCUCCCGUACAGGGGCGCACAAACCCCCCACUCCUACGCCCGCCCUGGCCCCAAGCCCCCCCACCGUUACUAAAAUCAUCAUCAAGCAACAGACGUCGCCAUCAGGGGUAAUGGUGGUGUCAAGUAGUACGGUAUUGUCUACUCGGCAGCCGCCACCACUCCAACAGAUGCAGAACACCCCUCCUCCGCCCCGUCUCCAGCAGAUGGUACAUGCCCAGGCCCCACCGCCACUGCAGGCCAAACCAAGAGGCGGGGGUGCCAUGGCACCACCCCCUCUGCAGAUCAAGAUUGUCCCUCCCGCCUCAGAUUUGGACUCUCCUGUUAUCGACACGGCGGCAGGGGGGUUAGCCGUGUUGGGGGGGGCCACUCCGACCUCGGGGGAGGUGGUACAGUCCGCUGCCUUAGUAACAGCCUGUUCGACGGAAGCCGAGGACGGGGCUGAAGGAGAGGAUGGGAUGCAGGUGGAGUUGAAUGUGUCUCCGGGGCCAGAUGUGACCCAGACCUGCAGCCCUAACCUGUGCGUCCGAGCCGGCUGCACCAACCCAGCUGUAGAGAACAAGGACUGGGACAGGGAAUACUGCAGCAACGAGUGUGUGGCCACACACUGCAGGGAUGUGUUCAUGGCCUGGUGUGCGAUCCGAGGGCAGGACUCCACUGUCACGUAAAGAAUGGACAGAAGAGAGGAGUGAUAGAUGGACAAAGACUUCAAAGAGGAGAGAAGAGUGAUAUAUGGACAUGAUAGGGAUUAGCCAGGACUAAAUAGAAAGGAGAGGGGAGUGAAGAAUGGAGAAGAGAAGAGAGGGACUUGGCUUUUUUCCACAACCAGACUUUGUCCUCAUAGAAUAAUCAAGCAGAAGACCAAUACUCCUGUGCUGAUACAUUAUGAAGUUUAAAUAAAAUCAUUUUAUAUGAAAAGUUUUUAAGGUGAUAUGUAAUAUAACGCUACAGGCACCACUGGUAUGUCUCUUGCAUUUCAUAGCUCGUGCCAUAGAGUUGGACAAAGGGCACAUAUUUGCAAAUGGUGCAGUCCAUGCAAAAAUAGACUGUGUUAAUCUAUCCAACUCUACGGCUAAUGACGUUUUUUCUCCUGACCAUGGUAUCAGUGUUGUCUCAUCCAAGUGAUUUCAAGGUAUGUACAGUAUAUUCGGAAAGUAUUCAGACCCCUUGACUUUUUCCACAUUUUGCUACGUUACAGCCUUAUUCUGAAAUGGAUUAAAUGAAGAAGAAAAAAAAAUCAUCAAUUUACACACAAUACCCCAUAAUGACGAAGCAAAACAGUUUAGAAAAAACAUUUUUGCAAAUGUAUAAAAAAUAAACAACAGAAAUACUUUAUUUACAUAAGUAUUCAGACCCUUUGCUAUGAGACUCGAAAUUGUUUCCACUGAUCAUCCUUAAGAUCUUUCUACUGAUUAGACACGAUUUGAAAAGGCACACACCUGUCUAUAUAAGGUCCCACAGUUGACAGUGCAUGUCAGAGCAAAAACCAAGCAAUGAGUAGGGCUGUUGCGGUGACCAUAUUACUGCCACACCGGCAGUCACGAGUCAUGAAGGCAGUCAAAUUCCACAUGACCGUUUAGUCACGGUAAUUAAGAUUCUCUAAGCUCUGAUGCUGCUGCUGGUCAUUGGUAGCCUACCAAACAUGCUACCUGCCUUGGACUCAGCAAUCUAUUGUCCCUCGAAUCACUCUGACAUCAAUGCAAAUGUAUUCUAAAAUCGAAUCAAACUUCAUGAGAGCCCAUCAGCUCAUGUUGCGCAACAUUUCUAUAGACUAUGCAACUGAGCGAGAAAACAGAGUGAUGGUCACUAACAAAAAGAGGAGGAUCCCGUCAGCUUUCUAAAGGCUAGGCCAACUAUAUUUAGUCAUUUCUCAACUUUCCUAAUGUUAAGCACAUUGCUUAUAUUUACAACAGGAGUAUAGCCUAUCUGAAAAUAAACCACUGGGAAAAGCGUCCUCCAUUCGCUAUUUAAGUGCAUAGAUGACUUAUUUUUCCCCACUGCCCUGUUUCGAUACAGGUGCAUGAUAAUGGUCCAUUCUAAAUCAAAACAAAUGUCACACAUAUAUUAUUUAGCAUAUGUAAAGACAAAAUUAAAUCAAGAAUAGUCUGAUGGGUGACUAUUAGCCUGUCACUUGUGAAUGAUGCAUAAGCAUAAGAAACAAAGCCUUUUUUUUGCGCGACUUGUUCGAAUCAUAGUCGCACACCUCAUGUAGCCUAGGCCAUAGGCCUCUAUGUUUUAAUAAGAUUUGUAUCACUAAAGUGGCCAAAUAACUUCUUAAAAUGAAGCACAUUAAUCUGCUUUACAAGGGGUGUAGAGCCUAACUGGCAAGCGCGUGAGUUUCAAGUUUGGGGAAGAUCAUUUUCACCAUAAAAAUGCACCUUUAUAAUAAAAGCAUUACAUGCAUAAUUGCCUUUGCGGUCACUUUUGAUAAUGGUGUUUUCCUCUAAUUGAACAUUUGCGCUUAUAGCCUACUACUAUGUCCACAUUGCUGCUCUUAUAAUGUGAAGAAAUAGCCUAAUAGUUUAUCAACAUUUUAAGCUAAACAUUCUGAUCUGUUGCGUCAGUCAUAUUGCAUUAAAAACGUUUAUUUUGAUGCUAGUGGCUGUAUUAAUUUGGGCUCUAUAGCAUCCCACAACUGUCCCAGACUGUUUGGAAUAUUUAUUUAUCGCACAGAAUAGAAUAGGUUGACUUUUAUACUACGGGGGAUAUCAGCUUGACAUAGACUAGUGCUUUUGCUAUUCGUUAGGCCUACUCAUCUUGUUGGCUGACGAAAAGUAAAUGUGGACAGUUUUUACAAUAUCUUCAAUAUGUACCUCGGAAUUGGAUAAGAACUCGCGCAGCUGCGUCCUCGAUAUGUCUGUCUUCACUUGUAGCCUGUGAGAAAGACCCGAUCAUGUGACAGAUUGCGCAGCACACUCAGGGAGAAGGGCACAACGCAGCACUCCGGGCCGCAAAAGGCAUGGAUUUUUUUCAGGGUACAUUACAGCCACAAAGGGGAUGCUACCGUGAAAUUCGAGGCAUUAUCAAGUGCUUGUUAAAUUGUGAAUGAUACUAUUGGAGUGUGUACAGCCUGCGCAAAAAAUAAAGCCGAGCUCAUGCCAUUCAAGCAACUUUUUUCAAAUCACCAUUAGUCUCCUCAUGCAGCCUUACAAAGUUUGUAGAACAACUAAAGUUACAUUGAUAACUCUAAAUUAAGCAUAUAGGAGUACCUAUUUCUUUGUUAACCGCUCAACACAGAAUAGCCGCAUGUGCUCACUCCCUCAAAUCAAGAGAAAAUUUAUAUUUAUUCUGCUUUGUUCAAUUGUAUUCUUCAUACUAUAAAAUAAAUUAAAAUAAUGCCACGGAAUUAUAAGCAAAUCUUGUCUGCUGAAUGAAGUAGUGUAGCCCACAGCCAUUUGACAUAGCCACAUCAGGACCUAACACAAGGACAACUCAGAGUAUGCUAUUCUUUUCUUCUGAAAUAGACUACAUUUUCUUCUAAUCAUGCUUCUUUAGACCUGUCUAAAAUAAAUAAUGGAUUUAUUGUGAAGGUGUAGGCUAUAUUACAUGGAUUUAUUCAACUUUUUAAAAUGGCUUGUGGGCUGUGUGUGGAAACCAGGAGAUGCUAAAUGUGCUUAUGUUAAUUAACGGUCAAUUACAGUGAGACUGACAGUUAUUUGCUCGACAAUCACUGGCUGACAAAAUUUCAUGAUCACAACAGCCCUAGCCAUAAGGUCGGAGGAAUUAUUCGUAGAGCUCUGAGAUAGGAUUGUGUUGAGGCACAGAUCUGGGGAAUGGUACCAAAAAAUGUCUGCAGCAUUGAAGGUCCCCAAGAACACAGUGGCCUCCAUCAUUCUUAAAUGGAAGAAGUUUGGAAUCACAAAGACACUUCCUAGAGCUGGCCGCCCGGCCAAACUGAGCAAUCGGUGGAGAAGGACCUUGGUAAGGGAGGUGACCAAGAACCCGAUGGUCAGUGACAGAGAUCCAGAAUUCCUCUGUGGAGAUGGGAGAACCUUCCAGAAGGACAACCAUCUCUGCAGCACUCCAGCAAUCAGGCCUUUAUGGUAGAGUGGCCAGACGGAAGCCACUCCUCAGUAAAAGGCAUAUGACAGCCUGCUUGGAGUUUGCCAAAAGGCACCUAAGGACUUUCAGACCAUGAGAAACAAGAUUCUCUGGUCUGAUGAAACCAAGAUUGAACUCUUUGGCUUGAAUGCCAAGCGUCACGUCUGGAGGAAACCUGGCAUCAUCCCUACGGUGAAGCAUGGUGGUGGCAGCAUCAUGCUGUGGAGAUGUUUUUCAGCUGUAGGGACUGGGAGACUAGUCAGGAUUGAGGGAAAGAUAAACGGAGCAAAGUACAGAGAGAUCCGCAAUAAAAACCUGCUCGCUCAGGGCCUCAGACUGGGGGAGCGAAGGUUCAAUGUUGAACAGGACAAUGACUCUAAGCACACAGCCAAGACAACGCAGGAGUGGCUUCGGGGCAAGUCUCUGAAUGUCAUUGAGUGGCCCAGCCAGAGCCCGGACUUGAACCCGAUCGAACAUCUCUGGACAGACCUAAAAUUAGCUGUGCAGCAACGCUCGCCAUCCAACCUGACAGAGCUUGAGAGGCUCUGCAGAGAAGAAUGGGAGAAACUCUCCAAAUACAGGUGUGCCAAGCUUGUAGCAUCAUACCCAAGAAUAAUCAAGGCUGUAAUCGCUGCCAAAGGUGCUUCAACAAAGUACUGAGUAAAGGGUUUGAAUACCUUUGCAAAUUUGAUAUUUCCGGUUUUUAUUUUUAAUAAAUUUGCAAAAAUGUCGAAACCUAAUUUUGCUUUCUCAUUAUCAGGUAUUGUGUGCAGAUUGAUGGGGGAGGGGAACAAUUGAAUACAUUUUAGAAGGCUGUAACGUAACAAAAUGUGGAAAAAGUCAAGGGGUCUGAAUACUUUUCGAAUGCACUGUAAAUCAUGCAUUGUGAUUUGGUAGCCCUGCUUGCAACUUAAAAUCAGUGUCACCCUCAGCCCUAGUGGGAAUUUCCUCUCGGUCUAAUGGUUAAGACAGUUGGUUUCCGGAGCAGGGGACCGGGUUUGACUUAAAAUAAACCUCUGGGCUGUGUUCAGGAGUGUGCAACAUUAUGAACGUUGCAGAUAGCAAUGCUAUGUAUAGAACUGACAUGAUUCCUUUCUCUAGUACCUGACAAAAGCAUGUCUGUACUACAUAUAUUUCAUAUAAUAUAUUUCUAUCUGUCGGUUGUUCUAUACUGAAAAUGAUUCCCGUUGAAUGGGAAGGCUUCUUUCCUGUAAAGUAUGCAUAUUAGGAACAUUCAGGUUUACAGUUUGUUUUUAAAAAACCAUUAUGUGGUGAAAUAAGAUUUGGGGAAAUGUAUUUGAAAGAAAAUACAUAAAAUCAUUUAAACAAUGCACACAAUAACACUUAACCAGUUUGUACUUUUAUUUCAGUAGGGGAAAGGAUUUUUUUUGUUGUUGAUCUUUUAACCUCAUUAUUUUUUUCCUGUUUAAUCUCAAUCUGGGCCCAUAUUCAUAAAGCGUCUCUAAGUAGGGGUGGUGAUCUAGGAUCAUGUCCCCUGCUGCCAUAUGUAAUCUUAUUCAUUUUUAUCUAAAAGACAACUGUUCCUAGAUCAGCACUUCUACUCUGAGAUGCUUUAUGAAAAUGGCAGUGACGUGUAAAUAAGCAAUAUCAGUGUUUUACCCAUAGAGAUAAUAUAAUUAUUUCAUUAAAUCGUAAUUCUGUACAAUAGUAAUUAUUUUUAAUAUGGUUCCACCACGUGCAUCAAUAGAUUUGCUUGGCAUUGGAUUAGUGAAAGAGAAAUGAUGGGUUCUGAUUUCUAAUCUCUUACCAGUUGUCAUCGUCAGUAUAUUAUGGGUGCAGAACAAAAAUUGCACAAACAUGUUCAUAAAUAAUAAAAAAGCAAAAACAAAUGAAUGAAAAGGUUGUU